UCCUUGCCCAGAGGUCUGUGCAGGAGCGGCUCCAUUUUGGUAAAGCAUCUCCGGGGCUGUUGUCCGCCCCGCCGCCGCCGUUGGAGCAGGUCCCGAUGGGAUCUGAACGUGGGUUCAACCACCUUUAAGUCCAUUUCUGCAGUAGUCGCGCCAUCCACACUCAACUCGUCAGCAUUGCUAGUGGAUGGUCUAUAUGCCGCUGAGAGGGAUGCAAUGGCUGAUGGUCUCAUGUACAGAAGUUCUCUGUCACAAUCCAGUCGUAUGCAGGCAAAAUAUUCACUCCAUGAUGACCACUCUCGAGAGUUUCUAGGCAUGAUGCCUGCUGGUGACACAUACAAACGCAGGUCAGACUACGGAUCGCAUUCUUUGUCACAGAGAGAAGGAAGAAGAUCAAGUGAACGUGAUGGGGACAGGUUUAAGAAGAUUCCAUACUCCCACUUGAGGUCUGAUGAUCGAGGAAGGGAUCCCAAACGUUCACGACUUGAACACCGUAGCCGUAGCAGGGAUCGUCAUAGCAGAGAGCACCGUAGCCGCAGUCCAGAAAGGCAUCGGAAUUACAGAACCAGAAGUCCUGACCGGCCACAAAAUCUGACUCCACAUCGGAAUCCAAACAACAGUCAUGCUCAAGAACAUUUUCCUUACAGCAAAAGUAAAAAUGAUGAAUUUCGUGAAUUAGAAAUUGCUCGCAGGAGGAAGGAGCAAGAAGAAAGGAUUAUAGCAGAGAUGCUUCCUCCCUCUCAGCGAGAACUCUCAAACUCCCCUUACCGUCUCUCUGAACAUUUUGAGAAGAGUGCAUUAGGCAUGCAGCAGUCUCCCAGGAGUGGUUAUGUUUUGCAUAGACCAGAUGAGGCUCCUCAGAUGCCAAAGAAAUCUAUUCUGAAGAAGCGCACUGAACCAGGAUUGGAACCGUCAGCUGCUAUGCAGUUUGAUGAAUAUUGUGGUGUCACAGUGAAUGAAAAGCCUGAACGUCGAGAUAGUUACUCUCCAUCGCAAAGCUUCAUGCGGUUACCACAGCAAGAACAGAACUUCCCUGAGUCUGAACAGUUUUCUUUCAUGCGAGACAACAGAGAAAUGCAUCGAAUUACUGAUCCGGGUGGGCUCCCUGGUUUAACAAAUACCAACUUCCGUUUUGAACGGGGGCUUCCAGCCAAGUAUGGCACAAAGUCAGAAUUGGAAAUUUCUUCUGAAAAUAAAGACUGUGGUACAGACUUCCUACUCCCACAUGAACAAGCCAGUCAAGGAAACAGUGGAUUCUCUCGUAUACUUGGCUUAUUGGCAGAGGUUGACAAUAACUUUCAAGAAAGGAAACGUAACUUUCCGGAUAUAGAGGAUGAGGAAAGGUUCUUGUAUGGAGAGGAUGAGGAAGAAAAGACUGAUUCUCUCAAAUUUAGACCACUUGGUUCAAACAGGAAUCUUCUUUCUGUAAGACAAACCAGUCUGCAUGAGGGAUUGUCCAGUACAGAAAGUGUGAAAUCUGACAAAGAGUAUGAAAAGAUCCAUGACCUACUGAGAACCAUUGGCCUCGAUAUAGGUGUUUCAGAGAUUAGCAAAUUGGCAGCCCGUACUCAGGAGCGACUCCAUGGGAAGAAAACUUUGACACGAUCACCUGACCGUCCCUUGGAAUCCCAUAAUUCCGGCUCUUGGGAUAAACGGAGGACCCGAAAUGACGCAAAGUCACUCGAGCCUCAUCCACAGUCCCGAAUGAAAUUGUCAAAACAAGAAAAUAUCUCUCGCCCAGGUUUGAAAGAGAGCAAGGAAUCCUUUAGAAGAGAAAUGAUUGUAAAGGCCAAAGAGCCUGAGAGGGUAGCUCCACGAUAUUCUGCUCCAACUAAUUCAACGAACCGUAAGCCUGGUUUAUUGCCAACUCCAUCACCAGCAUACGUCAUGCCACCCUAUGGUCAAUAUGCAUUACCUCCAGUAAACUAUCCGCUAAAUCCUCCACCACUUACUUUUAAUCAGUAUGACCAUUAUCUUGCAUACACAACUCCUGCCUGGCCAACAUACCCACCUCCACAAGUUAGUGAGCCAAGUAGUCCAAUAGUAGUAGUGAUGCAGCAACCAAAGGUCUCCCGUCCAAAUCUGAGGGUCAUUGAAACAGUUGAGGCUCCCAAAGAUACUGCAGACCACAAACGAGAGGAUUCAGUGCUGGUGCAAGUGCAGACAACACCUACACCAACCCAAACUCCAGUAUUGUCUUCAAACCGAUUGAUGUCCAAGUCUACUGAGGAAGAUAAAAGAAAAGCUGAGCAGAAACGAAAGGUUUUGGAAGAAAAAGCAAAACUCCAAAAGGAGAGAGAAUCUCGGCAGAAGCGCCUGGAGUAUCUUGGAAAUGAGUUGCAGAAGCUCUGUAAACAACAAGGGGAAAUGCUAAGAAAGAAACGUCGGGAGAAGGAUGGACACAAGGACCCUCUUCUGGUUGAAAAUGGCAAGCUUCAGGAAGAUAUUGUCCGUCAGAUGUCGAUAGUUCGUCAGCAGGUUGAGGAGACAGUCAAAAAGCUUUCCGAGUUAGAGAAAGUGGCUCAGAUCUUGGGGGUGGAGAUUCAAGAGAAAACUUCAAAACUUUCUGAUUCAAAUAAGGAUGAUGCCUUGGAAAAGGUGCUGCUAGAAGGAGAAACAUUGCCGUCGUCAAAGGAGAUUUCAACAAGAAAAGGAUCUCUGAAGGAAUUGGAUGAUAAAACAGAGAAGCUCUGUGAGAGUUUCUCUGAAGCUGGGGAUGUGUACGAAUACUAUGAUGCAGGAAACCACUGGUGCAAAAACUGCAACACUAUUUGUGGGACACUCUUCGACUUUUUCACUCACAUGCAUAACAAACGGCACAGGCAGACGCUGGAUCCUUACGAUAGACCAUGGUCUGCAAAGAUGCCGGGUGAAGAUAAAAACGACUCCAUUAAGCGAACUGACAAAAUAACUAUGCCGGCAAAAGGUUCAGAGUUUCUGAUGCCAGUCACUGGAUUUUACUGCCAGCUCUGUGAGAAGUUCUACGGAGAUCAGAUCUGUGCUGAAGAUCAUGUCAAAUCACAUGGUCAUAAUGAUAAGUAUAAGGAAUAUUUAAAUGAGAAUCCUGUGUACGAGCAGAGGAGGAACCUAGACCGCCAGGCUGGCUUAGUGGUGAUCAUGGAGACGGAGCGACGCCGCCAGGCAGGGCUGAAGAGGAAAAUAGACGAAGAGAAGGAAGUUCAGAAACAGAAGAACUUGGAGGAAGGUGAUGAGAGAAAGGCAAAGCAAAUCAAGCUGGAUGUGGAGGAGUGCGAGGGUGUCACUGAGCUGGAAGAGGAAAGAAGUGACCGUUCAUCCUCCCGCAAGGUAGAGCCCAGCAGCAAGCCUGGGAUAAAACUAAUGCUGAAAAAGGAUGAGAUUGAAGAUAAGAAAGAUGAGGAGCAAGGGUUAUCCUUUGGAAAAUUUAGCUGGAAGAAACCUGAGAAAGAAGAGGAGAAAAGUAGCUCGUUGGGAGCCAAGGAGGAACACGCUGAAGGCAGCAGAGAGAAGGAUGAUGGCAAGGGGCAGGGGGCGAAGUCUGCCGCUAAAACUAUUGAAAUUAAACUCUCGGGAAAGACUCUCAUUGCUCAUACGAAUCCUUGGGUACCACUUACCUCAGUAACCACCACGACGCAGGCAAAAAUCAGGCCCAAUCUUCCAGUUGCUAAUGUGCCACAGAGGAAAGGUAACGUCACGUCUAUCAAUAAGCCAGCACCUUUGGACACAUUUCUCUCUAUUCGGUCUUCAGGGGCUUCUAACAAGCCACUACCUGUGGUUAAGGCUGAAAUGUUGUUGGCUCCUGAGGUGAUCUCCAGAGCCUUUGGUGGUGAAGAAGUGACUUUAAAAGGAAGUGUUCUAGAUGUACACAGGGAACCAGAUCCUUUGGCUGAAGAACCAGCCCCUGGUGUGUCCGAAUGUGAGCAAACUAUAUUGGCUAUUCCAGUUCGCCCACCACCGCCGCCACCACCCAUAUCCCUCAGUGACUCCAGUAAAAAAAUGGAGAAACCCAAAAGUUGUCUGGCUGCUGCAAAUGCUAAAGAUUUGUAUGGUAUUUACUACAGUAGCUCAGGGAAGAGCCCAGCUGAUUGCAGACUUGGCAGCAGUGCACAGAAUACCAAAUUGGUGCAUGGUACUCUGAAGUCAGUGCCAAGUCAGGUCAAAAUUGGGGAUGUAAGCUCUUCCAAAGAGCUGAUAGUCGCAGAAAAUACUGCUGUGGGCAUUCGCAAAGCUGCAGUCCCAGAUAAAAGAAAUGAAAUGGAAACAGAUGAACAAACUGGAAGUCGGUCCAUACCUGAUGUGCUCUGUCGAGAUGAUGUUUCAAGUAACUCUAAAGCAGAACUUCAGAAUAAAAGUGAUGGGGUGACUGUUGCUCAGCAUCACAGCUAUGCUGAGAAGAAAGUGAUGGGCACUGUCAAACAAGGUGACAGCAACUUCCCUAUCCUCAAUUUCGCAGAAAAUGUUGAAGAACUGGAUAGCUCUGGCUUCCAGACCAUAGUUGAACAAACACAGCAGUAUGAUGCUGGAACUAAAGAGGUUGAGAAUGUCGAAUUGCAUGCUCCCAUUUUAGGGGGCAGUGCUGAACAAUCUCUGCAACGCAUCAUCGGCACAGUUGACCCUGUUAAGGACAUGGAUAUUGAUGCUGUUGUAGUAGGUAACAGUGCAGAACAUCAACGGUCUGCUUUAAGCACUUCAAGUGCAUUAAAAGUGAAAAGCACGGAGCUGGUUGCAGAGCAGCUACAGGCAAGUGAUACGGAUGUAUGUGACCCCACUGCGGGAGAAGCUGAAGACGUUGAUGCCACUGUGAUAGCAGCUGGUACUUUGUCUGAUGCCCAAGAAGUCUCCAAUCUGGCAGAGCAAGUUACAGAUGAAGUGGGUGUGUUAGAUCGCACGGUAAAGUAUCCAAAGCAGUGUGUUGGUAAAUUAAAUUUCCCUACUCCAAUAAAGCAGGGCCACGAUCUGGAAAUGGAUGCCCGAGUGUCAGAUAGCACCACAGAUCCUCGAAGGAAAUGUGAUGUUACCUUGAGCUUUCCUGAGCCAGUAGAUGAAGUUAAGGAUGUGGAAAUGGGUUCCUCUGAGUUGGACACUCCUGCAGACCAACCAGGGGGAUGUUCUACUGGCCCCAUCCUCUCUCAACCGAUGGAUGAAGUUGAGGACGUCAAGGAAGAUGUCCCUGUUUUGGACAGCACUGGAGGUCAACUUGAGCCACGUGAGAUGGGCAUAAGUUUCUCUGAGUCAAUAGAUGAGGAUAAAGAUGUGGAGGUGGAUCCCCCUACAUUCAACGAUGCUGAAGACCAACCAGAUGAAUGUGAUCCUGUCCUAAGCUUCUCUAAGCCAGUAGAGGAUGUGAAGGAUGUCCCUGUUUUGGACAGCACUGCGGAUCAUUUGGAGCAGUGUGACACCAGCAUAAGCUUUUCUGAGCCAAUGGAUGAGGUUAAGGAUGUGGAAGUAGAUGUCCCUGUUUUAGAGAGCACAGCAGAUCAACUGGAACAAUGUGACACUGGACCAAGUUCCUCCGAUGCAAUGGAUGAAAUUAAGGGUAUGACCGUGGGUGCUCUUGUAUCAGACAGCACAGCAGUUUUGCCAGGGCACUGUGAUAUUGGCAUACGGUUUUCUGAACCAAUGGACGAAGUUGAGGAUAUAAAAGUGGAUGCUUUUAUACUAGAUAACAGUGCAGAGGCCCACGGCGAUGCUGACUUCAGCAUUCUUAAUCCAAUGGACGAGGUGGGAGAUUUGGAAGUUAAUGCUCCGAUGUUACGUAGCACUGUAGAACAGCAGCAGCACCUUGAUGAAGUGGAGCAGGUGAGGGAUGAAGAAAUAGAUGGUGAGAAACUAAUUGGAAAUAGUGAAAUGUGCAGUUCACUUCAGACAGAUCUGUGUCCUAUCCUGGAUCAGCAAGAAACAGAAAUAAUCAGUUCAUUGCGUGCUAAAUCCUGUAACGAUGCUGAGGUGGGCGCUUGUCUUACUGAGGAACGAGAUACAAGUGUGAGCAGUUCACUACAGACUGAACAGGUUGGUAAUAGUGAACUAAGUGUUGUUAAUCCUGAAGAACAGUGUAAGAACACAAGCAGCUCACCACAGCCCAAGCUUAAUAGUGAGGUAAGUGUCUCUGAUGUAAGACAAAAUCAGGAUCGGGAUGAGAGCAGCUGUCCUGAACCAGAGCAUCUAAAUGGUAGCGGUAGAAUUAAUAUUCCAGAUCAAACCAGGUGUUGGGGUGAAAGUGAGGUUAGUACCCUCAACCCUGGAGUGCAGACUGCAGACAAUGGAGCAGAUCCCUCAGGAGAGCUUCCCCUUCCUAAUGUUAAUGUGAGCACAUCAGAGAGGGCAGAGAAGGAAAGCAGCGUGCCAAUCAUCACUCAGUCGGGGGAAGCUGCGAGCGGUGUCCACGUGGGUCCUCGAGAGGAAAACAAGGUCAGCGGCAGCUCACGCACUUCUAGACGAGCAGCACAGGCUGGAAAGGCUGCGAUGUGCGUGCAGACUCCUGAAAAGACAGCUGAAAAACGUGAAUCAAAUGAGUCUACGAAUAUCCAGACGUCUGCCAAGCAGCUACGUCGCAGGAGUGCAAGAAACCUUCGGUCAGCAAAGUAAUACUGGAAAAUGGCACUGAAAGGAGAGUGAGAUGUCUGCAGACCAGAAUGAAUAAUCUGUUCAUUAAUGGACAGUGAGGCACACUGAAUCCUCAAUGUUCUAAUCUGCUGACUGGCCAACUCUUGUCUGCCUCUCUGACUAUUUUUUAACAAGUUGUGGUUGUUUUUGAUUUGUUUUUCUGUUUUUUUAAGACAUGCAUGCUAUAAAAGUUCCAGCAAAGAUUUCCAAUCACAUUGUAAAUGCUUUGUAGCAUUAUAAUAUUUUUCUUUUCGCAUGGUGCUGCAUUAUCUUAUAACAGGCACCCUGGACACAGACAUUCCACUUCAAAAAAAGAGAUACUUAAUUAAGUACACUCUGUUUCUAAAUUACAACUUGACCAGUUUGAGAAGACAGAAGCCAUCUGGUUGCAGUAUUUGCAAACUUGAGUUAAAGCUUUUUCAACACUUCUGUAAUUUGUUGCCAUUAUUCUACUGGCCAGAAGAAAUGAUCUGUAACUAACAGUAAAACAUUGAAUGGUUUUUAUGUAAUUUGUAGUUCAUUCUGUUUAUUCCCUGUGUUGUACAUUAAACAGUAGUGUCAAGUCUGUGUGUCUGUCUUUUGUUCCUUCGUUUCAUGAUUCUGCAGUGUUGUCUCCACUGACUAGAUACACUUCACUGGUACAUCUCGUCCUGUGAGUGGGGAAGUGAGUUGGUAAGAGAGGACAAGAGCAUGGACCAAAAUUGUGAUUGUUUAAACUUUUCACUUUUUUUCUGUAAAUGCUAUGGUUUGUAAUAUUACCCAAUAUUAUAGCAUACAGAUCAACGCAGGAGAGAUGAAACAGAAAUGGAGGAAGGAGAUAUUCGACUUGUUCUCUGCCUGAACACACUUUCAAAGUAUCACUUCAUUGGCAAUUUUGGUCUGAUUCUGUUCUAAACUGUAAUGUAAAAAAAAACACAUUUUGUGAACUUGAUGAAUUGUAACUGAAAGUUGCU